UAAUUGUCAUGUUUUAAUGAAAGUAUAGGCUGUCUAGCUGCUGCGAGAAUGUUUAAAGAAAAACUAAAGCUGGAGAGAAAGAGAGAAGCAGGGAGACUGUGUGUUACACGCCAUUGAAAUGCAAAUAUCAUUGAAGAACAAGGAGUGGUUCUGUGUGUGUGUGUGUGUGUGUGUGUGUGUGUGUGUGUGUGGUGUGUGUGUGUGUUUGUAUGAGUGUGUGUGUUCCCUGUAUGUGCAUACAGCGGGGCAGCAGUGGGAGAGGAGGGGCGCAAAUUUGGACAAGUUUUUUGGGGGAGAAGAGACUUUAGAAAAGCCACACACGCGCUCUCUGUGGCUUCAUAUGACACGGUGCGACAGACCUGCGGAUUUCCCAACACCUUUCUUUAUUUUUGGAGUCUAUUACAGUCAAAAGUCACCAUACAGGUGACUUGAAAUUUCCUGUCUAAUCCAAGGGGUUGCUGAAGUUUCGAAGUUUGGAUGGUUUCAGGAGCGCUUUCUCAGUGCGCAAAAACGUGCGUAUGGUGCAAUUCAACCGACUGAUGCCCCCCACUCUGUCUGACUCGCCGUGAAUCAUGUCACGCCGGAAGCAGAAGCGACCCCAGCAUCUCGUUAACGCGGAUCCGGGGGGCCCAAGGUUGCUAUCCAACGAAGAACACCUGGGCAUGAAGUCACCCUCCAUGUCUCUUGGCUCAGAAGUGACCUCAUCAGGAUCUUCCUCCUCCUCCCCCACCUCUCUCCAAGAUUGCCAGCCGCCUCUGGCCCCUCGCCCGUCCCCUGGUGGGCUCCACGCGCCCUCCUUACCCAGCGAGAGCUCGCCUCCUCCCCACUGGCCCAGCCACAUUGCCCCCUUCACCACCUCCCUCCCAAACACCCACUCCUCCCUCUCUCCGGACUUUCCUCACCCCUCGCUGUCAUCACAGACUCACUCACCUCUUCCCAUUGGUCAAACCUCAGGUUCCCACAACCUGGCCCACCAAGGAAACUCUCACUCCACCAUGACCUCCCCGGCGAUGGGCAGCUCAGCCACAACCACUACCUCCUCCUCUUCAUCCUCCUCUUCCUCUCAGUGUGUGCCACUUCACCACGAAAGCUUGAGCCCAGGCCAGCAGCAGAACCCCGGCUCUCCCGGAGAACAGGGACAGAUCCAGGUUCCGCCAACCUUGGCUGUACUGCUUGAGGAGCUGAGGGUUUUACAGCAAAGGCAAAUCCACCAGAUGCAGAUAACAGAGGAAAUAUGUAGGCAUGUUCUAAGGCUUGGAGGAGCUGUCUUUGGCCAAGUUAAUAACACACAGUCAAGUAGUGCAGACACCAACCAGAGGUCUACAGGAGCUGCAUCAUCAUCACCAACACACCCCUCCACUGCCACACCAAUGACCACAGCAUCAUCGCUGUUGAGUGGCCUUCAAACUUCCCUCUACCACCACUCAUCCGUUCCCAAAUCAGGUGCUUCAAAUGUCAAUGGCAGCAGAGCUACAUCAUCCUCUACCUCUUCCUCAUCUCUCGCAUCUUCUAUCAGCUCCUCUGUUGCUUCCCUGCAUCCUCUGUCCUUGUCACUGGGUUUGCCACCACGUUACCUCCAUGAGAAAUCAUCCAACAACCCCUCAUUUGGUCACAGCAAUGGUAUCAGUUUUCCAACUCCUCCCCUUCCUACCACCAGCCUUUCCCAGGAUCUCCAGCCUAGCUCCUCCUUGGGCUCUGCCUCCUCCGCAGGACGCCCUCAACACAUGUGCCGUUUUUGUGGGAAGGUGUUAAGCAGUGAUUCAUCACUUCAGAUCCACCUGAGGUCACAUACAGGUGAAAGGCCCUACCAGUGUCCAGUCUGCUUAAGCCGGUUUACAACCAGAGGGAACCUCAAAGCCCAUUUUCUGCGUCACAGAGAGCAGAACCCUGAGCUGUCCCUGUCACUGCUACCCCCUGCACUGUCAGAGCAAACCCAGAGUGGCCCUUCUUCUGGUGCCAUCCAGAGAAGGAGAAAACGACGGGCCGAUGAAGAUGAAUCAUUUAAUGGAGUGAAAGGCAGCAUUCCUGGGGUGCCAGAUAACAUGGCUUUAGGGUUCCUUUCUGGUGCAUCUACCCGGCCUUCAACUUCCUCCUUACCUCUGCCACCAUCAGUGGACAUGGCAUUGCUGUCCACUGCCCAUUCCCUGCUACAGCUGAACAGAGCCUCAGCUGCAUCGACCACCAGCGCAUCAAGCACUGCAUUGCCUUCUUCGUCCUCAUCUUCGUCCUCCAUGGGGAACCAUUUCAAAGGAGCAAAGCAGCAGCGAUUUGAUGAAAACACACCUCCUCACUCCACCCUCCAUGCAACUUCAGCAUACUCUCAGCUGGCCCACCUACCCAAGAUUCUCUUCCCUGGGGGUGCCUCUGCUCACCACCUUGCACUUCUCCGACCCCCAGGCCACCCAUCCAACUCCCACCUCUCUUCUGCUCAUCAGCUACCCUUUCCCUUUCCCCCCUUCCCAAAACCAUCAACCUCCUCCCCUUCUUCAUCCUCUCCCACCGCCUCUAGCCAAACCUCUGACACCUCCAAGUUGCAACGGCUGGUACAGAAACUUGAAAAGCAGCCACAGGGAGGGGCCUCUUCUUCUUCCUCCACCUCCUCAACAACCUCUGCUGAGACCAAUGGGGACACCCAUGGCUAUGACCUGAGCACCACCUCCAGUGCCUAUCGCAGGGAAAUGUUGGCUGCUCUUGGCCUAAGCCCUAGUGCCAAUGCUGUUGGACUAUUCUCCAGCCAGGCAGUCUCAGGUUCUGGCACAACUACAGUCAACCCUUCUCUUCCUACGACCCAAGCUGCUAAUCAAUGUGGAGUGUGUCUGCGUGUCCUCAGCUGCCCAAGAGCUCUGCGAUUGCAUCAGGCCACACAUCUGGGAGAGCGCCCGUUCCCUUGCAAGCUGUGUGGUCGGUCAUUCUCCACAAAGGGCAGUCUUAGGGCCCACCUGGCCACUCACCGUGCAAGACCCGCUAACUCCCGUGCCUUGAACUCCUGCCCCUUGUGCCCCCGCAAGUUCACAAAUGCCUUGGUUCUUCAGCAUCAUAUCCGCUUACAUCUAGGUGGACAAUUACCUCCCGAUGAAGACAUGCCUCCUGAAGACGGCCCAGAAAUGCAGAAUGCCAUCCUCAGUGAUGGCAAGAAUGGCUCAGUCAGUACAACACCUCAACUCCUUCCUCUAGCCUUGACAACAAACUCCAGGUCCUCAAUGGAUACUUUCAACUCAGGGUCUACUUCUAAGCAAUCCACAGCUGCUGGUGCUACUUCUGUGAAGACGGAGGAAUCAGAAGGCUCAUCACCCAGUGUAAGCCCACCCCUGACCCGUAAUCCCCCCUCAGCGGGAGCCGAGGACCCCCUGCAUAUGGGAGACAACACCCUAGCUAAUGGUAGCCCCAUGAAUGGCUCCAUGAACUCUGAGGAGAAGAACCACCCUGACCUAGGCAGCACCAGCCCUUUCAAAGCACCCAUAGUUAGUUCUCAUUCAUCAGUGAAUGGAGAUGCAGAGAUGAAUGACGCACCUCUUUCCUUAUGUGUUUCUAAAUCUGAAGUAGAAAAUGAUAUGUUGCACGGGGGGAAAAAUAAUGAUGAAGCCUGCUCAACAAACAAACCCACAACAAGUUCUGAUUCUAACCCCAAACCCCUAGCUGAAAACUCCUUACCUGCAAUUAUCCCACCGACUAGCCCCGAAGCUUUCACUGAAGGAGAGAAUGCCUGUGGGAGUGAACCACUGGAGGCACAAGAGGCAGAUGCUACCCAAAACAAAGCCAAGAUUGAGACCACUACGCAAAGAACGUCUUUUCCAGCUUUGGAUCCAGAGCCAGAGAGGGACAUUCAAAAAGAGGAGGGUGACAGUUUGCCAGAAAAGUCUUCAGAGGAGCCAGAGCCCUCAGUCACAACAAAAGCACAAGACACUCAUCUUCCUCGCCCUGACAAACCCUAUAGUUGCUCGGAGUGUGGCAAGGCAUAUGCCAGCCGAAGUGGACUUAAGGGCCAUAUGAAAACUCACCCCGGAGCAUUGACCAAUACCCCCUCCAAGCCUCAAACCAAUGACAAUGACAUUGUAGAGGACCACAGUUCUCAUCCAGCUAAUAACAAGAAGGAACUGCAGGAAGAAGAACCGGGAUCUGCUGAAUCCCCAAAGAAAGAUGACAGCACAGAUCCUACCCCAGUCAGUGUUGUUUCUAGUAUGGCAGACGAGCCCAUGGACACUACAGUGUAGACGUCUUAGCAUUUAAAGGGUCCUGACAAGGGAAUGUAUUUUUCUAUUGAAGAUUUGUUUAGAGUCAUUAAUUGUAAUUCAUGUUUACCUUUUGUAGUAGACAGAUAGAUCUUGUUUCUAUUGUAGUAACUUUACGAGAGCUAUGUGAAUGUAGUAUUCUAGAGUUGUAUUUUUGUAUUUUAAAGACCACAGUGAGGCCUUAACUUACACACGUUAUAACAUUGUCACAAUGAGAAUUGAUUGUAUACGCCUUUUUUCAGCACACACUAUAAACAAGCUGAGUUGAAUAAGAGGAUGGUCCAGAGUUUUACAUGUUGAACUUCAUACCAAAACAGGCCAAAUUUAAUAAUGGCCAACAUUUGUAAAUACAAGCUUCAGUAAAUUGUAUGCCUUUAAUUGUUACUUUAUUCUUUGAUGUUUUUAAAUACCAUGCUGCUGAAAGCAUAUUUCUGAUGUACUGAGUUGCACUGUGAGUUGCACAGUGUCCUGUGCUACCAAAACAUCAACUUAUAGAAAUACUUGAGCAAUUGACAAUAUUCGCUCAGUGGCCAUCUUACUCUGACAUCAGCACAAGUACUGCUUUAAUAUUACACUGCGUUCAUUCAGUUUCGUAGCAGCAACUCAACAGCAAAACAAAAAUCUGGAGGGAAAUUUGCACUAUUGCAAGCUUAAACAAGAUAUUUGACAAGCCAUUUACCUUGCCAGACAACUGCUUAUAUUAGACACCUAGCUAAUAUUACUGUUGACUAUUGAGCAGCUGAAGUCCCAGUAACCUAAUGACAGCUAGGAGAUCAUUGAAUGCUAACAUUAUCUUGUAUGUACAGUUGACCAACAGGUUAUCAAAUAUUAUAUUUAACUUUUGAAUAUGAUCAUUUGUAAAACUGCAAAAUGAUGAAAAUUUCAGAUGGCAAACAUUUAUACAACUGAUACACUGCAGUUCAACAUUUCUACAGCAUUUUCACUUUGCACCAUGUGUGUGACAUCAGAGGAAAAUUGCCACUGAGAGAAUAU